AUGCAGCGUGUAGCCAAACCCGUAUGCCUUCUACAAAUCCGGAGGUUCGCUGACAAGCACGAAUUUACUUCGCUUAACAAAGUAGAAAAGUAUUUAACUAGGCUGACUGAGAACGCGAGAGCAUAUAAUGGACAGGAGAGUCCGAUCUUUCUUCGGGCGCUGGAGUGCAUGGGAUUUGUGCUGAUAAGGAGCCGCGUGAAUGCCUGUGUGGCGUUCCACAGUAUGCAAUCCGCAGCACAGGGUGAGAGAGUUCGACGUCUUUUUGAAGUAUACAGGAGCUGUUGGGACUCAACAGCAAGCACCUCCUUACCUGAUGGCGAGGCCUCAGGAGCAGGGGGCGACGGGCUUGGAGGUGAACUGAUGGAGGCUGAGGGGGAGGGGGAUGACGAUGAAGCUUCAGCGGUGUCCUCGCAGCUGAGUUCCACCGUGCGGAGUGUGGGUUCGAACAGCCGUAGCGCCACUUCAACACUGUUGCCUUUUUGGAAAGGCAGAAAGACUCCCUCUUAUGAUUCUUUCGAACCAUCUUCGCAUGCUGCGCCAGCACCAGCCGCUGCGGUGGCUCCAGGUACUGGAUCCUGGCUGCAGCAGCAGGAGGGGGCAGUGGCUUUUGGUGGACCUGCUGCCAGGAGGAAAACUGUUGUGCGGUUGCCCGCAAGGCCGGUCUCUGUGGCAGGGCAACCAGCGGUGACAGCAGGUACGACGGGGUCUACAAGCUCAGGGAGAGGAUCAGGAGGUAGCAAAAAGCAGCCGUACACACCCAGCUACUUGGGAUACAUUCCUCAGGGGAUUGAGCUGCCUUUAUCGGGUUCGAAGAGAGGCUUGGGACCUAUGCCGUAUUCAGAGCAGGAGCAGCAGCAGCUGCCGCUGCCGACCAAGCGGCAGCGGAGGUCAGCAGCUAGAGAGACUGAGCUUGCUGCUUCCCUAGCGUAUACUCACUCUCCUAGCGCCCCUUCUCUCGGCCACUCCACUCAGGGACCAUCACUGCAAAUGGGGACUGUAGGUUUUCAGGUUCCUGAGGCUGGCAGUGCUCUAGGCGAAUCCCUACAGACGCCGCAGCAGCUGCAGCAGCAAGCACAGAUGCAACAGCUGCCGCUUGAAGGAGUUAUUCCGGGCUUUUCCGGGGCAGCAGUUGGGACGUUUUCACAGCAGCCGUUUGCUGCUGCCCCGGCAGUCGCAGUAACUGGCAGUGCUGCUGCGCUCGAGGGGACUUUUGAAAAAACUAGGCGCGACAGAAAGGGGAAAAGCUCCAAGUCAAAGAAGAAAGCACGAGAGGAAUCUGUGCAGCACACGCUGCAACCGUAUGAGCAGCAGCAGAAGCAGAUACCGCACCAGCAACUGCCAGUGCGACCUCUCCCAGACUACUCCGAACAUAUGCAGUCUUUUUCUUCGGCACAUAUGGGGGAAGAAGAAACUCAACGGCCCCAAGGGUUAAAGCCUCUGCGUAUUCGCUUAUCUUUUGGCGCAUCCCAGCAACAACAACAUCAGCAGCAAGCAAUGAACACAGCCACUACACAGCAGCAUCAUGUACACUUGCAGCACACACAGCCACUUUUCGGGGCCGGAAGGGAGCCCGAGCUGCAGCAACAGCAGCCAACGCCGGAGCUGCACCAACAGGCUGUCCACGGACAACCGAUACACUCAACGUUGCAACCGUCACCGUUAGAUCAGCAGCAGCAGCAGCCAGCUGCUGCAGCUGCUCCCCCCAAAUUUCGCAUUCGACUUCCAAUGCAGCCCUCUUCUUAG